AUGGAGCCCCGGGGCGGGGUGCGGGGACCGGCGCUGCCCCCGCCCUGUGCCCAAGCUGCUCCGGGCAGCGGGGUGCCAGCUGCGCAGGCCGCCCUGGCCCCCACUUCCGGGGGAGAGGCCCCCCCUCGAGCGCGGCGACACCCCUCGGGCACGAGCGGCUUCAGCGGAGCGACGGCAGCAUCUUCCUCCCUCGCUGCCUGCCCCCGGCGGCGGCGGCGGCGGCUCCUCCUCGGCUGCCCCGCGCCCCUCCUCACCGGCCCCGCAGGGACUCGCCGCCCUACUCCAGCCCCCGGCCGGGAGCUGCGCUUCAACUCGCCGCAACUUCCAGCCCCGGCUCCUCGCCCAUCUCCCUCCCCCACAGACCAGUCGGAGGAAGCCGCUGCUCCCGUGGAAGGGACCAAGCGAGGCUGUGGAAAGGAAAGGGCAAAAAGGAAGUGGAGCAAGGUCCGGCCGCGGCUGCCUCCGGGAGCGAGGAAGACACUCGCACAAAUAUGUCCGCCUUCCUGUUUAAACAGACCGAAAGGGCCGGAACCAAACGCGCAUGCGCUGCGGAAGAGCGCGCGAGCGAGCGGGGCGGGGAGGAAGCUCGCUAUCCCCAAGCCCACCACUGAACGGCCGGCGAGCACGCGCAAGCGAAUCUCCUGCCCGCGCAUAAAUGAACUGACGGGUGGAAGCGCGCCCCCUACCCGGAUGCACACGCGCCUCCGAUCGCUUUCGCCGCUGGAGGGUACGCGAGCGAUCUCUCGUGGGCCAAUCACCGCUAACGGAACGUUGAGGUGGCAGGAGAAUGCGACUGUUUCUGCAGUUCCCCUUUUCUUGUGCUGGUUGUUCCUUCCCUCUCCACCUGAUGCUUUGAGAGUCUUCUUACAGUUUCUGCAUCAGGAAAAGAAAAGAAUGGAAUAAAAAAGAAUGCAACAGGAAGGAAUGCAAAAAGAAGUAUGGGAUGAAAGAGUAUGGUAUGAAUUUCCAGAAUUCCCAGAACAAGACCUCAAUGACUUAUUUGAAAAUGUACCAGUUAUAGAAACUAUUAACUCAAAUCCAGUAAUAGAACAAUAACACUGAUAAAUCAGGUGAUGGAACAACCACUCCAAGUUAUAACAUAAUUGUGGAAAGACCAACAUGGAAGACCAAUAAUAGACAUAAAUAUAGACAAAGGAAAAAUUCAACAAUUAUAUUAUUUAGACACAGGAUCUACAUAUUCAGUGUUAAAUAAUACAGUAUAUAUAAUACAACAGACUUUCUCCCAUAUACUUCUCCAGAAAGAGCAGAAAUACAGGGAAUAAGAAGAAAAUUCUACUGAAUGUUCCACUCAUAGUUGGCAUAAGAAAUGAAGAAGUAAAGAAUGUGCAUUUUGGAAUAAUGAAACUUGGGGUAAAUGGACUUUGAAUAGUAGGGGUAGAUAUUCUCAAAGCAUUGCAAUACUUAAUAGAUCUUGUAAAAAACCAUUCAAUGGGCAAUAGAGUAAUGUAAGAAUAAGUUUUUUAAAAAGGGGAAGUGUGUGUAAAAUAAAAAUAAAAUGUGUGCGGAAUUUUUUGUUUAAUUAUUAAAUUUAAUAGAGAACGAGAGAAAGACAGAAAAAGAAAGGAGAGAGUGAGAAAGAAAGAAAAGGAAGCCUGGCAGGAGAGUGGUUUGAGGACCUCCUGGAAUCAAAUGAACAAUAAAUAUUAAAUUAAUAAUUAUGUCAUUAUGACAUAUUUAUUAAUUCUUUAAUAGAAGAAGAGGAUAGUGGUAUAGAUAAACAGCCAGAGGAGAAUGAGGAGGUGCCACCUAUGGUUAUAGCCCAGCUGUUUUUCGACCCAUCUGGAAGACCUUAAGCCAAUAAGAGUAAAUCCAGCAGAGACAGAAAUGCUCUGUUACCUAGAUACGGGGUCUAACAUUUCAAUUUUAAACAUAGCGACAGACUUUGACCUUGUGCAGUAUGCCUCAUAUAUAUAUAUAUGGUUAUGGGAACAUUAGGAGGACAGACCCCAAUUUCCCUAACCAGACCAAUAUCAAUUAAUAUAAGAUUUCGACAAUUGAGUGAUGGACCAGGGGGGCACCAGUCGUAUGGAAUAAUCGGCGUGGAUAUUAUAGGAAUGUUGGAUUGUCUGAUUGAUGUGGGGAAUAAAAUAUUAUGGGAUACCAAUUAAAAGGAAAAACAUUGUUGUUAAAAUAGGUAGUCAUCGUAUUAUUGUAUUAAAAUAGUUGGUUAGCUUAUGUAAUAGUAAUAGUUUAAUAAUAAUUUAAAAUAGUAUAGUUAUAGAUAGGUAAAAUAGUAUAAGAAUAUAUGUUAUGUAUAUUUUUUCAUAAAUUUAAUGGUUAAUUAAGUAAAUACAUACUUUUAUAAGGAAAAGGGGUCUUUUGUUAUUCCUGUCUUACAGACAAGAAAAGCCAGAUGGUGGAAGAUGCAGUUCUAUUCAUUCUGGCUCUUCUGGAUGUUUAUGGCUACUGGAUUCUGCUAAUGGUAGUGCGAAUUUGGAUUUGAAGAAAUAAAAAAUGACGAUUCAGUGGACCAAGUCCAAUCAAACGGCUAUUGCCAAUAGUAAUGUGGAGUGUUUUCUUACAAUUCCAGAAAUAAGUGCUAAACUCAGAAUAGUAAAAGUUGUAGUGGGACCUAUAAGGGUUAUAAAUUUUAUUGCACAAAAUCACUUAGGCAAAAUGUUUAUUACAGAAAAUGCUCAUAAAUGUUUUAUUAGAUUCUCCUCUCUAGGCAAGGGAACCUUAGGUUCCCAUGACCACCCCUCACCAGAGUCAACAAAACGUGAAUUGGCAGCUGAAGAAGGAACAGGUGCAAUAUAGGGAAAGGCAGUAAGUACCGAACAAUGGCAAAGUGCACUAAUAGACAAGUUUGAAAUAUUUGCACGUUCAUAUAGUCUCUUGGUAGCACUAGAAAGAAUAACUAGUACCCCUUCUGUAAUUAAAAUACCAACAAAUAGCAUCCAGGCAAAAGAAGAGAAAAACAAUAUUACAAUGAUGUGUGAAUGGUCUUCAGACAACAAUAAGAAGAAAUGGAGUUUAGUACAUGAAACCAAAAUAUUAAAUAUGAAAGAGGGCCAUACCCGAUGGAUAAACCCAUCUAAUCUAUGGGAUAAAGGGAAAAUUAUCUAAAGUUCUGUCAUAUUAAUUGGACAAUAAUAUAAAUGGAUUUGGGUAAACAAGGAAGAAACAUGGGCACAUGUGUCAAUGACAUAUUGACUACGACAAAGUAUGAGAAUUAUAAAUGAUGGCCCAGGAAAAGAUAAACCUAGGCUGUGGUACAAAGGGGAAGGGGUUUGUAUAUGGAAUGACACAGGAAGAAGCAAUUGUGCACAAGUUUUAGGAAGAAGCUUUUCAUGUGCCUUCAUAGCAUGGCAUGCCCCCAAAUGGACAGGAGAUGAUAAAGAAUUAAUAUUAUUAAAAUGGGUUCAUAACAAUGCUAGGAUAAAAGAUGCUUCAUUUAAUGUCAUUGAGCCACAGGGAGGAGUUAGCAGAAUAAACAUUCAAUGUGAAGUAUGACCAAAAAGUUAUAUUUAGAAAUUAAUUAAGCCUGCAAGUACCCUGGUUUGAACAAAUGAGAGGAGGUAGUUGAAUGUAAGGGAAACAGUACAGGCCAAAUUUUGUUUGUCUGUUGGGGCGACAGUAGUGUAAUUAUAACAAAAAGAUGUGAAAGUGGAACAUGGAGAAUUACUGGCCCUAAUUUCAAUUAUACUUUUACUAUUCUAUGGAUAUUCAAACUAAACAAAUCCACAUUGGUCCUUAUGUAAUAAAGGAGGAGGCUAAAAGACAAUAAUAGACACCGCUUAUUCUUUAAAAAAGGUAAUAGUGAAUUUAGCCUCUAUGAACAUUUCAUCCACACAGCCACAAUGUAUUAAAUAUGUUGAACCUCAAUAGAUACAGCGCUAGGAGGAGCAGGCACAGAACUUGGAGUAUUAAACAGUAUAGAUGUACAGGUGUUGGCUAACAAGUUAAGUGCAGUAGGACAGCACCUAGGAGCUUUGUCCAAGCCUUUAAAAAUAUCUUUAAAUGACAUAAGCACUAGUCAUUUUCUAAUAGCUAGCCUACUCUCUAGCUGGGAAAAAUUACAAAAAGCUGAUCAUUUAGCCAUACUACAUACAGUAGAGGUAUUGCAAAGCAAUUUAUCCAUGGCAUUGGCUUGCAUACAAUCACAGAUUUGGACUAAUGACGUGGUAAAAGAUAUUAUAAGAGAUGGAAUGAAUGGAAUCUUACCUUUAGAAAUAAGAAGUAUAGUACAGAAACAUGCCACGAAGCCUGAACAAAAUUAAUAUUCCUUGUGGAAGAUGGCGAAUUUCACAUACAAUCCUCAACUAAAUCAAAUUACCACAUUCAUAGUCAUAAUGUCUAAUGCCCAAAUUGAAUGGAUAUCUCCUAUUGUAAGCGCUAGGGUUAAAUGUUAAUAACAGCAUAAUGCAACGUAUAGAACACAAAUUAUGGGCAUAAGGCAAAACUUUACAUGCAAAACUGUGGAACUUGAAGCUUGUAUGGAAGAACAUGGAAUUGGAUAAAAUUGCAAUAGUGAUGUAAUCCAGCCAUAUGAUGUAUGUUUAAAUGAGGAAAGGGGAAAGUCAUUAUCAGUUAGACCCUUAGAUCCAUUUAAUGGAUCAGUUGUGUAUAUAUUGGAAAUAAAUGUGUAUGUGUUAGAAGUU